AUGAACAGCAGUGCGCCUCUUAUCUUUGAUGUCCCGCCAGUGUUUAAGGUGGAGUCCAUCAUUGGCCAGGGGUCGUACGGCGCGGUCUGCAAGGCGGUUUACGGCACGGACCAAAUUGCCAUUAAGAAGAUACCAAAUUAUGUUAAGAGUGAGGAGACACUUCGCCGUGUGCUGCGCGAAAUUGAAAUUUUGCAAAACUUGCAGUUCUGCGAGCAAGUUGUGGGAUGCCGACUGCUUUUCCGGCCGACGAGCCGCGAGAAGGAUGUGUAUGUGGUGAUGGAUUACAUUCCGUCCGAUCUCUCUUUGGUGGUGAAGAGCAAGUCUAUUGCGCUUUCAGAAAACAUCAUUCGUUACAUUACAUGUCAGUUGCUUCUUGCCUUACGCGCCAUGCACCGAUGUAACGUCCUGCACCGCGAUUUUUCUACGCGUAACAUUCUUAUCAACUACAAUUCACAGGUUUUUGUUUGUGAUUUUGGUCUUAGUCGCUUUUUUGAUCCGGAUGAGCAGCUUUCUUUUGGUGUCGUGACGCAGUGGUAUCGUGCGCCGGAGAUCAUCCUUGACGCGGAGUACGAUGCCGCAAACGACGUGUGGAGUGUAGGUGUCAUUGUGUGUGAGCUGCUCCUUCGUCGACACCUCUUCCCAGGAAAGUGCAACGACUCUGCGGAUCAGUUGAACCUUAUUUUUCAUCUGGUGGGCACCCCGCCGGCUACUGUGUUUAACGAGGGGCAGCCAUUCGCCCGGGCCUCUGUGAACGCUAAGAACUACGCCCUUUCAGUGAUUGAAAAACGACCACGUAAAUCGAUGCUGCGUGAAUUAUUACUUCGCACUCCCAUUUUACAGGGGAAAGAUGCGGAGAAGUCGCUCAUCAUUGAUUUGGCGGAGAAUCUGCUUUCAUUUAACCCGCGUGACCGACCGACAGCGGAUAAGGCGCUGCAGCAUGCCUGGUUUGAACCCUGUCGCACAUUUAUCAAUGAAAUGAUUGCGGCCCAGGAUGAGCAGUGUACGAGCCCACAGUUUUCGUCUAUCAGCUCCCUUUCCAUGGAGGAAUUGAUAGAGAAAAUAGAGGAGCUGGUGCCGAUGUUUUCGGAGGAACUUCUCGCCAGCGAGGAUGCCAGCUGA